GUCUCUGGAGAUUCCGCGGGAACGUCGCUCAGCCAUUGCUGGUACAGCACCAUUCAAUAUGCAGAAGGUCAUCCGGAGGACGGCUUUGGCAAGAAACCAGGCCCAGCGAAAGGCAGUUCGAGCUGCUAAAGAUGCUGAGCGUGAAGAAUUCAAAGACCACCUGAGACAGCGAUUCGCUUUGAACCGCAUAGAGCUCGAUAACAUCCGCGCUGAGAGGCAACGACGACGAGAAGACUGGCUCCGCGGACCUCUAGCACCUCAGCGCGAUGCCGGUUUUGAGGGCCAAUCAUUCGGUGCCCUAAGCCCCCAGGCAAUGAAUCCACCACCUAUCCCCAAGCACCUAAGGAGGAAAUAUAUCAACAUCGCCGUGGGAGACCGAGUGUGUAUCAUGAAGGGCCGGGAUAAGGGCAAGAUCAAUGAGGUUGUCCGUGUAGAUACAAGCAAUGAGACGGUUAACGUGAGGGAUCUUAACAUGAAUGAUGUGCAUCUUCCCAGUUGGAUCAACUCACAAUACGGAAACAAGGGCACUGUCAAUGCGAUGGCCCUGCCGAUUCCCAUCGAUGAUGUCCGCCUUGUCGUUGCCCUUGACGAUCCAGCUACUGGACAAACACGAGACGUCUUGGUUGAGCAUGUUCACGGAGGGGAGCCAAUCCUUGAACGGGAACAUGGCACCGAAACUCCCAGACAUACCAGAUACAUUUCCGGCGAAAACAUCGAAAUCCCAUGGCCUCGCCGUGAACCUCCGGUUUUGAAUGACGAAGAGUGGGAUACGCUACGCAUGGAAGUUGAAACGCCGACUUGGACACCAUCGCUGCAUUAUGCGCCCUUUCCUCCCAGUGUUCUGGAUGAGCUCCGGAAUAAGUUCUCGAAAUACCGUACACGGCACGAUCCGGAAUGGGUUGAGGCGAAGAAGAUGGAAGAUUACAGAAAGGAGUACCUUCAAAGCAGGUCUUUGUUGACACCCAAGGGUGAGCUGAUGGCUAUGAUACGGGCCAAGAAGGAGGAACGCCUGAAUGCGAGAAGGGAUGCUGAUGGUAAUAUGCUCAUGGACGACCAAACGGCCGGAUUCAUUGAGAAUUUCUUGAAAGAGAAAGUGGCGAACAAGGCGUAAUCAGCUUAGGUGUGAUUCACCGGUUUUUGAUGGGACGUGUGCCCAGAGGAAUAAUUUCUGUUCUCUCUCUUGUUUGAAUGUUGGAUGUAUACAAAUGUACCACUGUAGCAUAGAAUAUGAUUGUAUAAGAUUACCGGGUUUCGGCGUGUACUUAUAUUCCAGGCCUCUGGGUGAAUCCAUGGGGAAGGGAAGCGACAUGGUUAGAUUGGGAUGUCUCUGAAAA